GAAUCCGCUUUGGCUUCCGCCGCGUCGUCCCACCAUUCCAAAUACCCUAUGAAACCAACCCACCUCCCCAUUCUCCCUCAUUUCCUUCCCCCCUCUCUCUCUCUCUAUCUCAACAAACAACAGAAUACGAACAAGUUAUGGCAGAGUCCAAAACCACCUCUUUCGAAUCCAUCAGGGAAUGGGUCGUCCAGCACAAGCUUCGCACUGUUGGGUGUUUAUGGCUGAGCGGUAUAGCGGGAUCGAUCGCCUACAACUGGUCUCAACCGGCCAUGAAAACCAGCGUCAAGAUCAUUCACGCAAGGUUGCACGCACAGGCUCUUACGCUGGCUGCACUAGCAGGAGCGGCUGCAGUUGAGUACUAUGACCACAAAACCAAAAAGGAACCAAAGGCAGAUCGCCCAUAUGCCAAGUUUCUCCGCUUGGACAAGACGGAUUGAAAUGUCUACUUAUAUUCCGACGUCGCCUAUCUACUCAAAAUCAAAUGGACUGACUGACUAGUCUCUGCCAAAUGCUUUGUCCUUCUAUGCUAUUAUUCUAUGCCUGUUUAAAGCUUGGGUGGGUUAUUUCACUAAAAAUGAUUAUGUAAACUACAAAACAAUCGCCAAUGAUGACUCAUCUUCAGUUCUCUACACAAACAA